CGAAGGCUGUCUCAGGCCCGAGGGCCUCCGGAGGAGCGGCCUCCUUCAGGGCGGCGGGGCCGACUAUCAGUGAGUUUGUUCCUGCUUGGGAGAAUCGAGCAGAGAAACCGAGAGAGGCCUCCAUGGCUGUGUAUGCUGCUCCGGGCCAACAGGCUUUCACCAUGAAGAUGAGGAAGCCUCUCUGCUCCCACUCUGUGAUUGGGGUCUGCGCCCUCAUCUCCUUUAUUUCCGCGAUCAUUCUGGGUCAUCUCAUGCUCCGUGACUUAAUGUUGUUUCCCCAAGACUUUCCUGAGUCCUCUUCAGGACUGGAAGAGACUUUUAGGCCUCACCAUUGGAAGGGUUACAGGCCAGGGCCCCAGCACAUCCAGGAACACCAUGUGCAGCCUGCAGCAGUGCCCACGAAGUGCGACGUGCCCCCCAACAGCCGCUUUGACUGCGCUCCAGACAAGGGCAUCUCCCAGGAGGAGUGUGAGGCCCGUGGCUGCUGCUAUGUCCCAGCCGGGCAAGUGCUGAUGGGACAGCCCUGGUGUUUCUUCCCUCCCAGUUACCCAAGCUACCGGCUAGAGAAUUUGAAUUCCACAGAGACGGGGUACACAGCCACCCUGACCCGUUCCAGCCCGACCUUCUUCCCAAAGGAUGUGCUGAGCUUACAGCUGGAUGUGCUGAUGGAGACUGAGAGCCGCCUCCACUUCAUGAUCAAAGACCCCGCUAAUAAGCGCUACGAAGUGCCCAUGGAGACCCCGCAUGUCCUGAGCCAGGCACCGUCCCCCCUCUAUACUGUGGAAUUCUCAGAGGAUCCCUUCGGAGUGAUUGUCCGCAGGAAGCUGAAUGGCCGGGUGCUGCUGAACACUACCGUGGCCCCCCUGUUCUUCGCCGACCAGUUCCUGCAGCUGUCCACGUCACUGCCCUCCCAGCACGUCACGGGCCUCGCUGAGCACCUCAGCCCGCUCAUGCUCAGCACUGAAUGGACGCGGGUCACCCUCUGGAACCGGGACCUGGCACCCUCGCCAGGUGCCAACCUCUAUGGGUCACACCCAUUCUACCUGGCGCUGGAGGACGGUGGCUUGGCUCAUGGUGUCUUCCUGCUGAACAGCAAUGCCAUGGAUGUGGUCCUGCAGCCCAGCCCGGCCCUAACCUGGAGGUCAACAGGUGGGAUCUUGGAUGUGUACGUGUUCCUAGGCCCAGAGCCCAAGAGCGUUGUGCAGCAGUACCUGGAUGUCGUGGGAUACCCCUUCAUGCCACCAUACUGGGGCCUGGGUUUCCACCUGUGCCGCUGGGGCUACUCCUCCACUGCCAUCAUCCGCGAGGUGGUGGAGAACAUGACCAGAACACACUUCCCCCUGGAUGUGCAGUGGAACGACCUGGACUACAUGGACGCCCGCAGGGACUUCACCUUCAACCAGGAUGGCUUUGCAGACUUCCCAGACAUGGUGCGCGAGCUCCACCAGGGUGGCCGGCGGUACAUGAUGAUCGUGGACCCUGCCAUCAGCAGUUCAGGCCCUCCUGGGAGUUACAGGCCCUAUGACGAGGGUCUUCGGAGGGGCGUGUUCAUCACCAAUGAGACUGGGCAGCCACUGAUUGGGAAGGUCUGGCCUGGAUCCACAGCCUUCCCCGAUUUCACCAACCCUGAGACCCUUGACUGGUGGAAGGACAUGGUCUCUGAGUUCCAUGCCCAGGUGCCCUUUGAUGGAAUGUGGAUUGACAUGAAUGAACCAUCCAACUUCAUUAGAGGCUCUCAGCAGGGCUGCCCUGACAAUGAACUGGAGAACCCACCCUAUGUGCCUGGGGUGGUUGGCGGGACCUUGCAGGCAGCUACGAUCUGUGCCUCCAGCCGCCAGUUCCUCUCCACACACUACAACCUCCACAACCUGUACGGCUUGACUGAAGCCAUCGCCUCCAACAGGGCCCUAGUGAAGACCCGGGGGACACGACCCUUCGUGAUCUCCCGUUCAACCUUCGCUGGCCAUGGCCGAUAUGCUGGCCACUGGACAGGGGAUGUGUGGAGCACCUGGGAGCAUCUUUCCAACUCUGUGCCAGAAAUCCUGCAGUUUAACCUGCUAGGCGUGCCCCUAGUGGGGGCGGACAUCUGCGGCUUCCUGGGAAACACAUCAGAGGAGCUCUGUGUGCGCUGGACCCAGCUGGGGGCCUUCUACCCCUUCAUGCGGAACCACAAUGACCUCAGUAGCAUGGCUCAGGAGCCAUACAGGUUCAGCGAGACCGCACAGCAGGCCAUGAGGAAGGCCUUCACCUUGCGCUAUGCGCUUCUGCCCUUCCUGUACACUCUGUUCCAUGGAGCCCACGUCAGAGGGGACACAGUGGCCCGGCCCCUCUUCCUGGAGUUCCCUGAGGACCCCAGCACCUGGUCUGUGGACCGCCAGCUCUUGUGGGGGUCAGCUCUGCUCAUCACACCUGUGCUUGAGCCCGGGAAAACUGAAGUGACUGGCUACUUCCCUGAGGGCGUGUGGUACAACCUGCAGAUGGUGCCAGUGGAGUUUCUCGGCAGCCUCCCAUCUCCUCCACCAUCUCCUCCAUCACCUCCAUCAUCCCCCAGAUCUGCUGUCCACAGCAAGGGGCAGUGGUUGACGCUCGAAGCCCCACUGGAUACCAUCAAUGUGCACCUGAGGGCAGGAUACAUCCUACCGCUGCAGGGUCCCAGCCUCACAACCACGGAAUCCCGGAAGCAGCCCAUGGCCCUGGUCGUGGCUUUAACAGCAAGCGGCGAGGCUCGUGGGGAGCUGUACUGGGAUGAUGGGGAGAGCCUUGGGGUUCUUGAGCGAGGGGCCUACGCACUGAUCACCUUCUUGGCCAAGAACAAUACCAUUGUGAAUGAGUUAGUACACAUGACUAAGGAGGGGACUGACCUACAGCUGAAGGAGGUGGCCAUCUUGGGAGUGACCACAGCCCCUACACAAGUCCUUUCCAAUGGUGUCCCUGUCUCUAAUUUCACCUACAGCCCUGACAGCAAGACCCUGGCUAUCCCUGUCUCGCUGCUCAUGGGAGAACAGUUUCAGAUUAAUUGGUCCUAGGAGACCACACCUGUGUUUACUGAGGACCUGAGUCCUGUGUGUUUUUCCCACUGUGUUGCUGCUGCUGCUGCCCGUGAGGUACCGUGUUAGGAAAGAAGUGAGGCUUGCUAACCUGUCCGCCCCAGCAGUCCAUCCCUGGCAAUAGACAAUGUGAAGCACAGCAUGGGGACGGUUUACCUGUGCCAACAUCAGGCCAUACGGCCACUGCACUGGGACCCUACAGAGAGACAGAGUUAGUGAUGUCAUUGGGCUCACAGAGCUUGAGAAACUUACUGUGAAGUGCACUUAUUUAAAUAAAAAGGGACAUUUGGAACCA